AUGCCAGGGUUUUGCCAGGAAGAAUUCAGAGACUAUGGGGAUACACAAGGACAUUCCGACGGUGAUACUGAUGAGAGAGGUCAGCACGGGACCUCUACAGACGAGAUGGACGAGGACACCGAAGACGCUGGUGUUGUGGAAGAGCACGCUUCAGUCAGGAAGCCUAUAGUGCGGUCCCAGUCGACAGAGAAGGGCAGUCUGUUUUCGAAAAUCUACCUGCCUCUCCUCGGUGCUGCCGGUUCAUUCGCCCUGUCAUCUGUGGCUUUGCCAGAGCUGACGGAAGAGCAGGAGAAUGCUGAGGCGCCUCUGUCGGUAAGACAGAACGUGCAAGUCGCUGUGGGUUUCGGUGCGCUGGCGGCAGCGCUUUCUCUCUUCGGGGUCAGUGCGUAUAGGACGGGGAAAUACUUUCUGAGGCGACGGGGUCAGAAGGGCGCCGUUGCUGGAGACGUCUCCUCUCUGGAGGAGACGGACGCAUUCGGACCCUCUGCAGGCGAUCAGGGAUCUGUUGAAGGGGGCGACGCGGAGCAGUAG